AGGUCGACGACAGACGGCGCCACCGACACUCCGGGCGAUUCCUUUGCCCGAAAUCGCUAGCUGCCAUUUGCAGUUAUGCGGGAGUGGUCGCAGUUGUUACCAGGCGUACGCCUCUGGGCUCUCUAAGCCACUUCCCAUCGCCGCAGUGACUCCUUUUCGUCACGACAGAUCGUUUUUCAGGACCGUCGAUGGAGACCGCCGUCGAGGUGCCGAGCCUUCACGUGGACGUGUCGUCGAAGCGCGCGGGCGUCUUCCAGCGCUCGACGUGCCGGUCGGCGAGCACGGACUCCCAAGCGAGACCCAAGACGCUGAAACCAGCCAACAACAGCUCGAGGGCGAGUCCCCUGGUUCGGAAGCCGCCGCCUCGCGAGGAGACCGCGAGCAACCAAAACCGGCCGCCGAUCGGCGGCAAGUUCGUCCACGGCGGUGGCGGCAACAAGCGUCGCCAGUCGUUCAGCGUGGCGGCCGACUAUAAACAGCCGUUUAACAAGCGGAGGCGUCGGGGUGACCUGUUCACGCCGCCGACGAAGUUCCUGCUCGGCGGCAACAUCAAUGACCCGUUGAACCUCGCGAGCUUCGCCGACGACGAGGUGAACAAGAAGGCGAACGAGGUGACGCCCAAGUCGUCACCGAUCCCUACGCCCAAGCAUCGGACGCAGGUGGAGGUGCUCAUCCCGCCCAACAUCAACGACCCACUCAACCUCAACUCGGGCGAGGACAUCGAGUUCAACCUCAUCUCCCCGCGGAGCAGGAAGCGCAACCGACGCCGCUCCAAGCGCAAGUCGAGGAGCGAGGACGACGGGCCCGAGCAGGCGGACGCGUCGGCACCCGCUGCGGAGGUCUCGACAGACGCGGACGCCUCCGCUCGGGUCGCCUCGUCUUCUUCGACGACAGCGUCGACGACGACGACGUCUCGGAAGGCGUCUUCCGUCUCUGCCGGCGCGCAGCCGUCUUUUUCGAAAGAAGGGGCCGACAAGAUCGUGUCCCCCGUGGUGCCCCAGGGGUCCCCGACCAAGUUCAAUCGUCGGAAGUCGUCGGCGGCCGGCGGCGGCGCGUCCCGAGACGUGCGUCGGUCCCAGCACCAGGGAGGACGUCGUGCCAAGCAGGUGUACUUCCGCGAAAAGGACGCUCACUUCCAGUACGGCAACUACAACCGGUACUACGGCUACCGGAAUAACGGCGGCCAGGAGGACCCGCGGCUGAAGGUGAUGCAGGCCUCGUGGCUGGACGGCAAGGACGUGCUGGACAUUGGCUGCAAUGUGGGCCACUUCACGCUCUCGCUGGCCCGGGGCUUCUCGCCCCGCAAGGUCAUCGGCCUAGACAUAGACGGCCGGCUCAUCAAGGCCGCCCGCCGCAACGUGCGCCACUACCUGACGGCGGCCCUGGCCGGAGAGAUGCGCUUCCCGGUGUCCAUGGCCAUCUGCCACGGCCCCAUCGCGGCUGCCGCACUGCCCGGCCGGGAGAGCGAGCCUGUGACAUUCCCCAACAAUGUCUUCUUCGUGCAGGGCAACUACAUCCUGGAGUCCGACGUGCUGCUGGAGGCCCAGCGGGAGGAGUUUGACACAAUCCUGUGCCUGAGCCUGACCAAGUGGGUGCACCUCAACUGGGGCGACGAGGGCGUGCGGCGCCUCUUCAAGCGCAUGUUCCGCCAGCUCCGGCCCGGGGGCCGCAUGCUGCUCGAAGCGCAGCCCUUCCACUCAUACGUCAAGAAGAAGAAGCUCACAGAAACGACUUACAAGCACUUUCACGACAUCCGCCUACGUCCGGAGCAGUUCAACGAGUACCUGCUGUCCCCCGAGGUCGGCUUUGCUUCCUGCGAGCUUAUCGACACCCCUUCUCAUGCCUCCAAAGGGUUCCAGAGGCCCAUCUAUUUAUUCACCAAAGCGGAAUCGGCGGAAGAGCAGUGCGACGCAGCGCAAAGCGAGUGUGGCUCGCCAACGAAGGCAGGGUGUGAGAAAGAGGGUGAGAGGGACUCUGGCAGCGAGAAACCGGAAAGGGAACCCCCGACAGAAAAGAGAAAGUAGUAGCGGCGGACGCGCUCGGUCUUUCAAUGGCAUCGAACUCUCCGGUACAUUCGCCCGCACGUCGUCGUCCAAAGGCGGGAAUAUCGUCUUUUUUUUUUUCUCGUCGUCUCUCCCGCACCAUUUAUUGUUCUGUGCUUUUUUUAAUUUUUUUCUGACCUCCCACUUUGCUACGCCCAUUGGAACUCUUUGUUGUGGUGCGCAAGUCAGCCUCGCCCAUUUGGUCAUUUCACGCACCAUUUCAUUCAUCACAGGCAAGCAAGAAAGAAGCGUACAAGUCGCUCCUUUUGUUCUGUUUUUGCAAACGAGAAAGAAAAGGAAAUGCAAAGCUUUUCCCGUUGGAACUCGAAGCACCUAGAGUCAUGGAAUGAGCUCUUGUGUCGAUUAAACUCGUACGUAAAGAGAA